AUGGAAUUGGGAACAACAACAUCAACAAGCACCAUCACCACACGAUCACAAAGAGUGAGAGAGAUAAAAAUAAAUAGUAUAGGGUUUUUAGAAAGAAAGAAAGUUACCUAUGUCUUUGAUGAGAAAGUUACCUAUGUCUUUGAUGAGAAAAGAAAGAAGGGAUUUCUUUAA